GAUUGGAUAGCAGAAUUCUAGGGGUCAGUUGGACAGUUAGAAGCAGAUGGAGAACUUUCCAAGAUCAAAACCUAGCAGAAAAUUCUCGGAAGAAGAUGUGGCCAAGCAGAUCUUAUAGAAAGAAUGAGUAUAGUGCAUUUUUUUCACAUCUGUCAGAUUCCUUGACCAAGAGUGAAAAUGGCCUUUUCUGUAAUGUUCCUUGUGUGCACAUGGGCUUUCACAUCAUUACUUAUUGGAUUCGAAAUACCAUCUCUACCAUGUGUUUUCCCAUUUCUUUAUGAGGGAAAAUUUUAUCCUUCAUGUACCACAGAUGGUUCCAGCAAGGAUAUCUCCUGGUGUGCAUUAACUGAUAACUAUGAUGAAAAACGUCUGUGGAAACAAUGUGCUGUUACUGAGUAUGGAGGCAAUUCAGGAGGAAAACCCUGUGUUUUUCCCUUUCUUUAUAUGAGUCAUGUUUACUACACCUGCACAGCCAAAUCUGACCGUAAAGGGCAAUUCUGGUGUUCUACAACUGGGAACUAUGAUAAGGAUAAAAAAUGGAGCUACUGUGCUGAUACCAGACUUGAUGCAAAUUAUCCUACUAGUCCAUGCGUCUUUCCUUUUAUCUUUGAAAAUAAUCUUUAUUCAACUUGUACAAUAGAUGGAAGAUCUGAUGGAAGGCUUUGGUGUUCUAUUUCAAGUAAUUUUGAUAUUGAGCCUAUGUGGGUAUAUUGCGAGCCUUCAGAUCCUGCUCCUUGCAGUUUUCCCUUCAUAUACAGAAACAAAUCCUAUUAUUCCUGCACAACAGAUGGGGCUUUAUACAAUCAGCUAUGGUGUGCUACAACCCCAACCUAUGAUAAUGACAGCAAGUGGAAAUCAUGCUCCUUUCAAGAAUAUGGUGGGAACUCCAACGGACAGCCUUGUGUCUUCCCUUUCAACUACAAAGGCGACGCGGUUACCACUUGCAUUGAUGAGGAUGAGAAGAAUGAGAAGAAUGGGAGAUUUUGGUGUGCCACGACAGAGAAUUUUGAUGUGGACAUGAAAUGGAGUUUCUGUGCUGAUACACGUUUAAACAAGAAAAAAGAUAUGGAAUCAAAAGAGCCCUGUUUUUUUCCUUUUAACUAUAAAAAAAAGGUUUACUCAGCAUGUACAACCGAUGGUACGUCAGGCUGGAAACUCUGGUGCUCCCUCACUGCCAAUUAUAAUACAGAUCACAAGUGGAGGUUCUGUGAGCCUUCAGAUUUACCAAGUGAAGAUCCAUGAAGACUGAAACAAAUAACUAAUAAUCUGCCAAUUAGAUUACAAAAUCAUUCAAGCAAUAUCUUGGACAUCUGUGAUUUCUACUACUGUAUUUUAAUUUGGCAGCAAGAUUUAACCCAUCUAUUUCUGAUUCUAAUGUAUUUUCAUUGAUACCACAAGUGAAAUAAUAAAAAAGAAUAAUAAAAACAAAAAAACUUGAA